UUUUGAAAUUGGAGGAAUAUUUGCAGUCAGAAUGUAUGUAACAACACUAACAUCCGUAAUAGGAGCUGAAGCCGCAGUCCUCGCCCAACAGUUUCCACCGCACAGCAGACGUUCAUGAUACAGUCGAGUAUGAAGUUAUGGAGGGAGGAAUACUUAAUUUAGUGGGUUCCACUCAUCAGGCAGGACCCGGUGGUGAAGGUUUUUCGUCCACAACUACAACAUCCUCGGGUGAAUCGAUCAACUUUUUGGAAACAACAGUAAGCAUCAACAUGUUUCAUCAGCUACUACGAAACAGAAGAAGAGCACUGGACUCGCUAAGUUUAUUGACAGGCUGAAUGGAAAUGAAGAAUCGGAGCUAAACAAAGCUCUGUCUGAUUUCAUGUUUGGGUGUAAUAUUCCACUUGCAGCAGUGGAAUCUACCCAUUUCAAAAAUCUAAUAGAAAGUUGCUUGACAAUGCUUAUGAAAAAAGCAUUACUGAGGCUUCAAUAGCCAUAAAUACUGAUUCGGUGUCAUCAGUUGACGGAUGAAAGAACUCAUCAAGCAACUCCAAAACUUUAGUUCGUAUGCUAC